GGUUUCCCCCCCAGCCCUUACAGUGACAUUUGCCGGCUGAGACGCUUAACCCAUGGGAAACCGGGGGAUCAUUCGGACCGCCAGAAAUUAACUGAGGGAAAUUCUGAACAACAGCAGAGUGCUGGGGACAACCCGUUACAUUGUCAGAAGAUCAUGAGAUCCAAGCCUCGCCAGUUGUGUGCAUCCAAUCACUGCGAUGACAGGGUGGGGUGUGGUUUUUGGGAAGAUUUCCCUUCCAGAGAGAAAAAAAACGUUGAACUUUCCCAAUGAACAAAAUCGAGACAUGAUUUGAAUAAAUAAUAGCUGGUCCUCUGCGACGUGCAAGAUAGGCUUCCUGCGCAUGUAGAACAAAGUGCAACGACAGUCCGCUGCAUUGAAAGUGAAACCAAAAGCUCGCUUCCUCCCUGUUUGUGUGGGCCAGUACGAGCGGCCCAGCAGGUGAGGAGAAACUCUCGGCCGAGCUGCGAGCGCUCUCCUGCGGCACUCGGUGUCCGGCUUCGGCGGGGAGCGUCCGCAGCCGGAGGUGGAGUCCUGUGCGGAUCAGCCGCGUUGGAGUUGCCGACCGCAAGCAGAUGCGGGGAUUGGGAGACUGACGAGCCGGAGGAUGCCGACUGGAUUCUGAGAGGACCGAAGUAUCCUGCGGGGCUAACCGUAUGUCGAUGGGUUAAACGCCGCCGUCUGCUGUGGAAUCGCCUGGGCGAUCAUCUGCAGUAAAUGUUACCUUCAUUGGAACUGUUUGCUGAUUGUGAUGGUGGUUUGGCCCAACAGAAAUGCGUCAGUCUCUGUCCCAAAAAAAAAGCCCACACUGCUAUGUUUGGUGAGCAUCAAAACUUAAGCAGAGGAGCGAAUACUUAUUUCAAGAAUCUGAUUCUCCUUCACUCCGCUGCACUAAACGAAUAUUACAAGGCAGCUGUUUCUACAGAGGAUUGCUGAACAGCAAUGGAUUACUUCCUCAGUAUUGAUUAAAAUGGGCAAUAAGUGUUGCCAAGCAAGUUUCCAAAAAGAGCGGAACCCAAUAGCUGAAACUGAACAAGAGGCUUUACUGUAUUCCUCCAAAACCAGUUCAUGCAGGACAAGUGAUGACAAGGAGCAUAUGAUUCCUCCACCAAAGUCAGUGGGCAAUAAGGAUUUGACAGAUCCAAAAAACAGAGCUGACUGUGCUGAGAUUUGUAAAACUGAUGCUGUCCCAGCAAAAAGUGUGCAGCAGGCUGGAGUUGAAAGUGACUUUAGGGAACUUGCCAGCAAAGUGCAAGAUACUAAUCUCAAGUCAGAGCUUAAACCAGUACCUGUUUUGAAUGAUGUUAUGAGUAUGGAAGAUCAGAAGACUGGUUUAAAUGCAGAGAAAAGUACAAGGUGUGACGUAUCUGAAAAACCUGAACAAGAGAUCAAGGUUAAGCAGAAAACAGUGCAAACUUAUGAAAGCAACCAACUGUUGGAUUCUGUGUCACAAGAAUGCAAGAGGGACCAAUUAGCAGAUUUUUUAGAGAGAAAGAACUUGUAUAAUUUGGAAGGUCCUGAAGGGCAGACCAAAAGAGUCAGACUAUCCCAAUGUGAAAGUGAUCAUCAAGACGACCUUGAUCAGACCCAGGCAACACUGCCUGGGGAUGAAGGCAGAGCCAAAACUUUGGAAAGUAAACAGUUGGACUGUUUAACUGAAGGGAAAAGUGAAGGACUUGUCAGUUUAAGUCAGGAAGAACCUGGCUCAUCAGAACAGCGAGGUAACAUCUUCAACAAUGGAUCGCAUAUGAGCUGCAGUCAGGAAGGAAAUGAUGAAGAUGAAGACCUUUACCGUGAUGAAGAUGAAAUAGAGAAAGAUAAAUCUCAGAAGCUGCUUGAUAAAAACCAGUUUGCAGUGGUUGCUGCAGAGAGAUCCACUAUCGAGCCCAAUAUGGACAUUUUGGAAUAUUGCGCUAGAGAGUGGAAAGGGAACACAGCAAAAGCAGAGCUGAUGAGAAAGGCUUAUGAAGCUGUUCGUGGAAAUUUCAAAUCUAUACGUAGAGUUCGUGGUGAUAAUUACUGUGCCCUGAGGGCCACAUUAUUUCAAGCAUUGAAUAAUGUUGACCAUCUUCCCUGCCUGCAACAGGAUGACCUAGAGCAGAUUCCAGAUCAGCUUGUUGAGGCAAGUUAUGUCUGGAUUAAACAGUGGCAUUUUGUCAUUGAAGACUCCGGGAAUGAAAAUCCUGUAAAUGUCUUGAAAGGAUAUUUGACAACACUGAAGGAAAAGUAUAUGCAUUUAUGUGAAAUGAAUUCCUGGGAAGAAAGAGUGGCUGCCUGUGAAGAGCUGUUCAGAAGUGAAACAGAAGAAUAUAGGAUGUAUGAAGCUGUGAAAAUCAUGAUGUUGGCCAAGGCUAUUGAACUUGACUGCAGUAAAGUCCAAGAAAAAGAAGUCCCUUUGUUCUGCUGGCUGAUGUUUGCACGUGAUACUUCUACUGCCCCUUAUCAGUUCAUGAGAAAUCAUUUGAAUCAUGUUGGCCACACUGGCGGACUGGAUCAGGUGGAAAUGUUUCUUCUGGGAUACUCCUUGCAAUUGACUAUAAGAGUUUUCAGACUUUACAAGUUUGGAACUGAUGAGUUUAUCACCUACUAUCCUGAUGAUCACAAGGAUGAGUGGCCUUUGGUUACUCUAAUAACAGAGGAUGACAGACAUUAUAAUGUACCGGUGAAAGACACUGAAACGACCAUUCUGUAGGGUGAAUUUUAUAGGACUUAAUUGCCAACAUAUAUCGAGAAUGUGACUGUAAUUUACUGAGAUUUUUUCUAACUUGGGCUUUUAUGGGAAAGAAUUGCUGCCAAAGACACAUGACUUGAAGCUUAAGAAUACAUCAGACAUUAAUGUACAAGUCUGAGUAUGAUUUGUGGGCACGAAGGGAAUGCAGAAUAAAUUUGAGUGGCCACAGUUAUGUUAUUUUCUGUUAAUAUUUUGUAAUUAUUGAUAUGUACAUGGAAAAUUGCCUUCAUAAAUAAUAGUAUAAAUAAACAUUAAUUAUGUGUCGUUAA